UGACAGGACAUGACAUAGUGACGUCACGUCAGUGAGUGAUAGUCGCGUUCUCAUUAUUUUUAUUUCGCAAUCUUGAAUUACUUGUAUAAAUUUAUUGUUUUGUGGGAAAAAAAGUGAAAUAACUCGUUCUGGAGAAUAUUGUCAAUAUGGAUAAUCAAUAUUACUAUAAACUAAUGGCCAAUUACCUUUCAAAACGGAAUUGUGACGAGUCGUUCAUGCGAUAUUUUUUUGGAAAGAAUUCGUUAAAGAAAACGCCCGAAGAAUUAGAACGGGCGGAUGAGAGGAAAAGAAGACUCCAGCGAGAACGGUCACGUCGAUACCGAGCAUUGAAGAAUGCUCGUCGCCAGCAUGAAGGAGGCGGUAGCAGUGGCGGACGGGACAGUGCAGACGGUGACCCGACGCGGUCCAAGUCACGCACCCUCUCCCUCGAAGAAGAGUAUAGCGACGGUGAUGAACCACCCACACUGUGCGAUCUCAGCUACGACGACAAGUGGCGGGAGCACACCGCCGCGUCUGACUGCGCUUCGGACGAUAACUCGGCGCAGUCGGCGGCCGAGCUCACCGACACGCCGCUGACGGGCGACCCGCCGCUGAGCCUGCGCGAGCUGCUCAACUCGCCCAAUGCCGAGCUGGACUACUCCACUGUGCACAGUCUCAUGUUUCACUGGCUGCAAACGUAACACUCUGCUCCUCACACUCCACACCUAUGUUGUAUGUAACUACUUUGGCUCCCAAUCAACUGGUUUUGUUCAAUGGUUUCCCUGUGUAAAAAGUGCACUCAGCCUUAUCUUCCUUAUUAAAUGCUACUGGGACACUUGGCAGUCAGGAGGCGAGCAUCUGUCACUGUUUGUCUUGUAUUACUGUGGAACAAGUGAUGGAGUAGGAGUACACAUAUCAAAAUGUUGCUGCUUUUAUGAUACAUUGAUCACAUGUGUUGUCAGAACCGUCCUGCUAUGAUUUAUUGACUAAUUAGAAUAGAUGGUAGUUUAUAUUAUGUACUUUGACUGUAGAUGAUAAUAAUGGUUCAGGGUGGUUUAACAAGCUAAGCGAUUUAGGUACAAUUUUGUUUUAUAUAAAUAAAGCUUGUAAAGAGGGUAAUCUGUAAGCUUUCUGAGAAGCAAAUGGUGUACUGUCCCACAAGUUGUACUUGUAAACAAAAUGUUGUGCCAGUGUUACUCAAACACAAGCACCAAACAUAAUGUAGUUGCAUUGGCAUUACUUGACACAUAUCACUACUGUACCCUCCUCGAGUUGCUUCUAAAGCCGUGCCAUGCUGUGUCAGCGGACAAGGGUAGUGAUCACCAUGCGCCGUGCGGUCAGGUAUGUGGUGCAGUGUUGUGAGCACACACCACUAGCUCAUAGAGUAUUCCACUAGACAAUAAGUUGUUGCUAAGUUGCCAUAUCCUAAUAUUUAGAUACUCAAUAAUUAUACAUAAUUUUAUCAUAUAUGCAUAGAAAAGUAUAGAAUAUAUUAUAUACCUAUAGUUUGUGAUACAAGUGAAUUUACAUUUUGUGUGAAAUCUACAAUGUUAGGUAGUAAAUAGUUUGAUAGUGUAAGUCGUGCGUGUGUGGGUACUGGUACUGGGUGGUCUCACAGCCUGGUGACUGGUGACAUGUAGUGUUGUGUCUUGUGCUAUCUAAGUGUGACAUUAGUCAUUUAAUUACAAACUUACAUUCCUAAAUUUCAUGCUACUUUUAACUAUUUUAUAUUUAUGAAGAUAAUUGUAUAAAUCAGCAUUUAGCCAACAAUGAGAUCCUACCAUGAAUACGAGGAGAUGUUAUAACUGGAUUUCCCUUUAACAUAAUGUUGACACUUUAUUGGGACAGGGGAAUGUAACAAAACACACCCUUUUAUUUUCCAUCUAGCGGUCCUAUACUACAGAAAACAGUGCCAAUUGCCUACAUUUUAAUAUGCCACUUUCUGAGCACUUACAACCUAUCUACACAUUUUUACUUACAUCAUUGGGCAAGGCUGUUCUUUGUGUCUCAGUACUUACUGUGCACAAUAACAUUAUGGCAUCUCCUCAUUGUACUUGCUUCAUGGAUGUAACCUAUAAUUCAUUUAUUUCAGUAGUGAAUUUUCACUAAGUCUAACAUAAUAAUCUAUUUCAAUUCAGCUUUAUAACUUAAUCAUGUUGUAAUCACAGUGGGCAUGAGUAUGCAAUGUAUGGGUGUAUGGUACUAUACAUAUAUCUUACAAGAAAGUGCUCACUUUGCUAAUAAAUCUCCUACUCUAGUAUAAUAUCUCAAUACUAUGGAAUCUAGACACACACUUCGACUUGUACCCAAUAGUAAGAAUACAGCAGAGAAUUAUCACACCACACAGAAGGGAACACCUUAUAGUGUCAGUGGUCACAUUAACUAUUAAUAAAUGUAGGUACUUUUUUACAAGUUAUUAGUACAUACUUAAGUUUUAAUUAUAUUAAUUUCACAUUUGGUUAAGAUGCAUAGGUAUUUUGCUUGAUUUGCACAAAGUAUUUAUCAACAUAUAUGUCAAUAAUUAUUUAUGUAUUUGUAUAUGUAUACAACUGGUACCAUCAUAAUUCAAAACUAUCAAAUAACUAUAACCAGAUUUAAACAGAUUUCAUUUCAUUUGAUUUUUAAGGUUAAUAAGGAAAAUAUUCAAUAGGAAGGAACAUAGUGAACUCUGCAAAAAUGUAUUUUUAUUAUGUAUAGUAUAGUAUGUACACGAAAUAAAUACUAUAGGUUGGUACUUAUAAAUCUUUUCUCGAUUAUAUAGCAAGUGAAAUUAUAGUUUUAAGAACCCACAGUCACACUGGGAGAUUUAGUUUAACAUUAAUUUAUGUAGAUGGUAAUGUAAUGAUAAGUUGAAGGAAAAUUUUAUUAAAUACAGAUCUGAGGAUAAGCAGUCAAUAGUUUUAAGCUAUUAUGCAAUUGCACUAUGUGAAUACACGCAAAGUCAAGACGACAAAUUGCUUUAAAUGCCGUGCAUAACUAUUAUACAGUGAGUCAUUAUGUCUCUCUCUCUCGAAAAAUUGUCACGGUUGGCGCUGUGCAUGGGUUGCAACUUGCCUCGGGUUUGAUUCCUGCAUCUCGUGAAAGUGCUCAUGGGAGUUCCUUAUUCAUUUAAUAAUAAUUAUUGUUUUCCUUUUUAAAAACUUUGCUACAAACUAAGAUUUGCGAAACAAUGAGUUUACAAACACAAAAAAUCACAUAUACAAGACACCGAGACCCUGAAAGAACUACUCGUGUCCUGCGCGAGAAUCGAACCCGCGCGCGUUACUUUGCGCAGUAGCUAGCGAGUUUACUAUCAUACCGAGAUUGUACAAUAUAACAAACAUACCUAUCACCCCAUACUGCACAACGUAGGUAUAUUAAGUAUAAGUGUGCCUAGGUGCUUUCAUUUCAUUUAACUAUUGUAAACCUUAAUCAUAAUCGAAUUGUGUUGUAGACUGUAUAUUAGAUUAUUAAUAUAAAGUAAACUCAAGUUUGAUAUGGAUCGUACGCUGGACAGAUAAAUAGAUAGCAAGAUGUGGAAAUUCUGGAAUACAUAAUAAAUAUACCUACGUAUAUUUAUCAAAGUUAGCAAUAAUAAUAUUGAACAUAUAAUUUAAUAGGUACCUUUUUCAUUUGUUUUUUUUUUAAUAACAUAUCGUUAGACGUAAUUUGUACAAGUUCCAACUACCACCACAGAGUGACUUAUAAAGCCGGGCCGCGGCCGGCCGGCCCUCUCCCGCUGAUUGCAUCACUGUACCUGGCGAUAAAUAUUGCACAUCCACCUUUGGAAAAGAAUCGGCCAAGUGGCCAUCUACAAUGUGAUAGGGGCGAGACUUCUAACCCGUUAAGGCUGAGUUCUACACCUAAUUUUAUCGACAAAAGUCGGGGGUCGAAGUGAUCGAAUCCCCUCCCCUAAAAGUUAUGGCUAUUUUAAUAUUUUUUUUACUUUUUUAUAUCAAUGGUUGUAUAAGUCGUAGAAACAAAAAAAAACGACAAACGGUAGCUAAUAACCUUGGCUAACUAAUUCAUUACUUUUUUCAUAUGUUUGAUAAUGUUUUGGUGAGAAAAAAAAUCAUUUGUGAAUUAUUUUUACCGAAAAAAUCACUAUUUUUUAAUAUUUUCAAUUAGGGGUUCAACCCCCCAUAUUAUUUUUUUUGUCGAUAAAAUUAGGUGUAGUACUCAGCCUUAACGGGUUAGAAGUCCCACGCCUAUCACAUUGUAUAUAUUGGUCAUAACUAGUCUAAUACUCCUCGAAUCUUAAACAGGUCGAAAAAUAAAAGUUUUGUCGAAAUAAUACCUAGCUGCUUAGCCUGAUAAGUAAUCACCCGAACUCCACAAGUCUAUGUGCAGUGCGUUAUUUAUCGCCAGGUAUUGUUAGGUACUUUCAUGUUUUUUGGCGAAAUAAGUAUUCGAAUCCUGUCGGGUACCAUGUGUUCAUCCCAAUUUCACACUGCUAGGUGUCCAGCAGACGAACCGAUCGAUGCCUUGGAUGACAAUGUUCUGUGAAUUGUACGUAGAUAGGUACUUUAAGGUAGUGCCAUAUUAAAGAGCUUCCUGUCUAUUUUUAA